CCCAUAAUAAACUGUUGACAGACAGUCAGGAGGACGGUCGGAGUCGGUUGGCGCAAGCGCGUCCCCGAUGGACUUCCAGCGUGUGACCUCCGCGAGCACCACCGGGCGGAUCACCGGGCGGACCACCGGGACGCACGAGGAGGAGAGCCCCGCCGACUUACUACCGGAUGUCUCACGUGAAGGGCGAGAGAGGAAUGAGAUGCACGCGUAAAAAGAAGUUGACGUUAUUUAGGUGGGAAUUUAGGAUCAUUUGUGACUGAAUCCUCUCCACCGGGGGGGCGGUCCGGUUGGAAGUUCCCUUUACCGGGAGGUGGGUCCGGUUUCAUUAUUAUGGCUUCAGGCGCCGGUAAGGCUGCACAGCCCGCCACCGGGCCGGGCUCCGCCGUUAACGGGACUGCGGCAGAGUUCCCCAACAACAUCGAGCAGGAGCUGUACGACUACCAGAUGCACGGCAAGAUGUGCAAGAAGAUCGCUCAGCUCACCAAGGUGAUUUAUUCUCUGAACAUGAAGAACGAGGAGCAGGAGGCGGCGCUGCAGGCGCUGAGCCACGCCCACCACGAGGAGCUGCACCGCAUCCUGGUGGAGACAUGUCACGAAGGGGAGGGGUCGCCGCUGAGGACACGCCUCCUCGACAUGCAGGACUCUCUGGAUGAGCAGCAGAGGGUUGGAGCCCAGGUGCAGGCAGACUUUGAGUGUUUCCGUAUCCAGGCGGAGGAGAGGGAGCGUGGAACUGAGGUGGAGCUGAGAAAAGAGUUCGAGGAGAGGCUCCAGGCUGCAGAGGAGGAGCUCCAGGAGGCCAAGGCCCACGUCAGUGACGCCCAGGAGGAGAGCCUGCAGUUGAGCAAAGAGCUGGAGAAGGCCGGGGAGCAGAUCCAGGAGCUGGACGCCAAAUGUGAGGAGCUACGGAAAGCAGCUGACGAGGAGAGACAGCAGAAAGAGGAGCAGAGAGAAGACGAGGAGAAUAAGAAAGAGGAGGAGGAGGAGGAAAGAGUGAAAGCACUCUUAGAGGAGGUGAAGGCGCUGAAGGAGGAGAGGGACCGAGCAGAGGAGGAGAAGAGGCGAGCGGCGAGAGAGGAGAGGGAGCGAUGGGAGCAGAAGAUGAACGAUCUGAACGAGGAGCAAGAGGAGGCGAGGAAGAAGAUGGAGGCAGAUUGGAGGGAGGAGCGGCAGAGGUGGGAGGAGAGGGAGGAAGAGGAGAAGAAAGGGAUGCACAGCGCCCUGCGGGAGAGAGUGAAGAGGGCUGAGGCGGAGGUAGAAAGUCACCUGGAGAGGAUGGCUGAGAGCAAGAGGAACACAGUGAAGCUGCAGGAGCGAAUACAGGACCUGGAGGAGGAGCUGGAGCUGGAUCGGAGGCGUGUGUCCGAGGCCGAGGGCGUGGCUAAGCGGGCGGAGGAGGAGCUUGCGGUCGCCAAGGAGAGGCUGCUGCUGCAGGAAGAUGAGCUGCAGAGCAGAGCAGAGGAGCUGCUGAACCGCGGAGGCUGCGAGGUGUGUGUGUGUACUGAAGUGGAGGAGCUGAGGAGCCAAGUGAGCCGCCUGCAGAGCAGGAACAGAGAGCUGGAUCUGCAGAGCAGCGGCAGAAACAACGACCACGCCCGCCAGAUACGCCAGCAUGCUGAGGCUCUGUCCAGCCUGCGUUCUGAGAUGGUGAGAGCCCAGACGGAGGAGCUACGUCGCAUCCAAAAACACGCCGACGACGAGCGAGACAAGCUGCAGAAGGAGAUCGAGAAAGAGAGAGAAAACUCCCAGAAGGAAAGAGAGCAAGAGAAGGAGAAGAUGGAGAAGGACAGAAACAGAGUGCGCAGGGAGAGAGAGGAGGAGAAGGUGGAAGUGGAAGGUAUCAAAGAACACCUGAGGAGAGAAAAGGAGGAAGAGGUUGAGCGGCAGAGGAAGGAGCUGGAGAUGGAGAGGGUUCGCGUUCGCUCGCAGUUGGACAAGAACAUCGAGCAGGUCGAGGCGGAGAGAGCCAAUGUGCAGCAGAAGCUGGAAGAGGAGAAGAAAAGGUUGGUGGAGAAGGCCGAGGAGGACAGGAAACGACUGAAGGAGCAGGUGCGGAAGGCGAUAGAGGAGGUGAUGAGGAGGCACGCGGCCGAACUGCACAGCGUCCAAGAAGCUCUGAGCUCAGAGAGGAAGACCAACCAAGAGGUGUGUGCGCGUUUGGAUGAAGAGAGGAGGAACGGCGAGGAGCGACGCAGCAAGCUGGAGCGGGAACGAGAGGAGCUGAGGACUAAAAUGAAAGAUGCCACCAAUGAGAUCUGUAGGCUGCAGUCAACGAUGCAACAGCAGGACAAGACGGAGCAGGUGGCCCCCGAAGCGGCAGCCACGUGUGGACCGCAGUGCUCUCGUCUGGAGGAUGAGCUUCACCAGACUCGGAGUCGACUGGCUCGGAUGCAGGAGGAGGCGGAGAGGCAGCGAGACAGGCAGCAGAGAGAGACGGCGUCCCUGAGAGCCGACAAACACCGGCUGGAGGAGAAAGUCCUGGAGCAGAGCCGACUGAACACGGAGAGGAGUCUUCUCGACCAGAGCCAGCGGCACACCGAGGACCGGAUCAGGGCAGAGUGUGAGGAUCGUCUCAGAGCAGAGUUCAGGAUAGAGAUGAAUGCCGCCGUCGCUGAGAGCGAACAGAGAUGGCAGAACAAGGAGCAGGAGCUGCAGACGCAGAUAUCUGAGCAGCAGAGUCAACUGAGCGAGCUGCAGUCACAGCAGGAGGAGAAAAAGAAGGAGGGCUCUGGAGAUGAUUGCCAUGGCAACCCCGAAAUUGACAGGCUGAGGAAAGAGGUCCAAGACACCAAGGAGAUAAACAAGAAGCUGAGGGAUCUGCUGCAGGAGGAGCCCCAGUCUUUAGGAGAGGAGAGACACAGUCACGCCAAGGCUCUGCAGGCGUUGGAGAGACAGGCGAAGGAAGACGUGCUGUCUGAGAGGAACAGACUACAGACAAUGCACCACCUGGAGCUAGAUAAGCAGCGUGCAGAGUUGACCCAGCAGCACACCGAGUGGAGCAGACAGAUGACCCAGAGACACAUGCAGCAGAUAGAGGACCUGCAGGCUCAACUGCAGGCACACACACAGAUGAUGGCUCUGCAACAGGAUCUGAAGCAGCAGAACCAGAAUCAGGUGUUUGAGCGACAGCUGGACGAGAGCCGCUGUGCCAUGCUGGAGCUGCAGAGAGAAAAUGCAGCACUGAAGAAGCAAUUAAAGGAAAAGUCAGUACAGGAGAAUCCUGAACCUGAAGAGAAAAAAGAAGAAGAAAUAAUCGUAGAUUUGAGGAAGAAGAGAGACGCCCAGCUGGAAGAAGAAGCACAACGUCUGAAGGAGGAAGUGGAGAAACUGAGGGUGGAGAUGGAGAAACUGGAGGAGUCGCAGAAACACUGGGAGGACAAGAAGGAGGAGGACGUCAAAGAAGAGGAGGUGGACGAGGAGAAGAAGAAGGAACGGGAGGAGGACAAGAGGAGAGAGGAGGUGGAGGAGAUCAGGAGGAAGCACAAGAAGGAGAUGCAGAGUUUGGUGUCGGAGUACAGCAGCGCCCAGACGCACCUGCAGGCUCGCAUAGUGGCCUUGGAGAACGAAUUUAACUGCAGACUGCGUGAGCGGGAGGAACGGUGCAAGAGGAGGGAACCUCGAUGUGACGACCUGCAGCUGGGGAGGCUUCAGGAGAGACUGACGGAGAGAGACCAGCUCAUUAAACGAUUAGUGGAGGAGAGGCAUCAGCUGCAGCUCCACCCUCCUGUUGCCGGGGACAACAGCACCCUCAGGCUUCGUGACGGCAAGUCCCGCCCCGGGAGCGUCACGUCAACCAUGAGGAGGAAGCAGAUGGAGUCUCCUCCUCGUGUCACCAGCAUCCCCAGCGCCGGUACUUACGACAGUAACAUCUUCGUACCCCCCUCCUCCUCAUCGUCUUCCUCCUCCUCCUCCGUCCAUCAGCACUCCUCCUCAACCCUCCCCCACCAGUCCACCUCCCAGCCUCAGACCACCUCCCACUACUCCAGCUCCUCUCUUCCACACAAGCACACCAACCUCUCCCUCAGCCAACAUUCCUCCCCCUCCCUCCCUCGCGCCACCAGGUCCCGGACCUCCUGCAUCCCGUCCACCCCGGCGCCCACCGCCCCGCUCCCCGUCUGCCCCUCACCGCAGACGGGCAUCCGCUACGUGUCGCCCUCCUGCCAGGAGCCACAUGCACACCUGCAGGCCCAAUCAAUCAGGGGCCCGUAUCUGGAGCAGAGGGGGACAGAUGGGCUAAAACAGGAGUGGUUCACCAAAUACUUCUCCUUCUGAGCACAAAAACACACAUUAACACACACACACACACACACAGCAGCUGCAAGUACAUUUCUUCAUAUACAGUUCAUUGCUUCUUAUACACAUCCGUUUGCUUCCCACAUACACACACACACACACACACACACACACAUACAUAACCACAUCAACAUACAUAUGGGCUCAUCACCAGCAAGGCCAUCUCAAACAUUGCCUCAAAGCUCAACCAAAAAGUGCUUCUCAAACACAUGCCUGACCUCGUCUCAGAACAUAUAGGCCUGCCGGAUCUUGUUUGUAUAGUUUGGAAUGUCUCCAUAUCUUUUUUUUAAAGCAGUCUUCCUUUUUUUAAAAAAAAAAUGCAACCUUUGCUCUAAUCUCAUCAAGCGAUUUAUUCCAGGAAAACGUACAUUUCUUGAAAAUCAACAACCAAGUGUCUCUUCGUGUAUGGAAGCAUUCGACGUAUUCAAUCAAGAUCCUCGUCAAAAUGGACACACACGACUCACCGUACCAAAAUGAAGCUUGUUUCAAUGCAAAAAUGUAUGAUAAUCUUAAUGAACAAAUUGAAUAAAUAUUUUGUUUUUGUAA